AUGCCAUCAUUAUUAGAACAGUUACCAAAUGAAAUCGUACUCGAUAUACUUCAAUAUUUGAAGUCACUCGACCUGUUUGAAUCAUUUAAUGAUUUAAACUGGCGUUUCAAUCAAUUGCUUUCUGUUUUAAUGUUAUCAGUUAACAUCAGCGAAGCAUUAUCAAAACAUUUAUUCGAUGAUUAUUGUAUAAAUGUUAUUCCAAAAUGUUUAACACAAACUGUUUCAUUAAAAAUAUCCGAUAGAUUUGGUCGUCUCACACAAUUUCAUAAAUUAUUUCAAUUGGAUAUGUUUAUGAAUAUUCGUUCACUUAUUCUUCAAAAUCCAACGCACGAUAAUUUAAAACUAAUUAUGAAAAAAUUAUCAAAACUAAUUCAUAUUGAACAAUUACAAAUAGCCUCAUAUGGUCCUAAUAAACUCGAUUUAAAUUCUUGUUCAAAAACAAUGACGGAAGUAAUUUUUCAGAAGAAAACGACACUCAAACGUGUAACAUUAUCAUUUUACUCUUCAAUUAUACUUGAUCAGACUACAAUUCAAACAUGCAAUAUUGAAUAUUUGAAUAUGUAUGGAUGUUAUAUCGAUGAAUUUGUAACAUUAUUAAAACAUUUACCGAAAAUAAAACGUGUCGAUAUUCAUGUAUAUAAUAGUCAAAAUUCGGAUGAUACAACCGAUUAUAAAAUAUAUCAGAAUAUUGGACAAUAUGUGCCAAAUUUAACGUAUGUAGAAAUUCAUGUGUCACAUAUAGAAUUUGACAAAACAGAACAGUUAUUAAAGAGUAUUCCACAGUUAAAGAUAUUGGUAUUUUCAGGUGAAUAUCUAAAGAUGCAGAUCUGCAUGAAAAUCUAUCUAAAAAAGGCUCAAAACUGCAAAAACCGGCAUAUUCUUAAAGGUACCCCGCCCCUCUUUUUGGGCUUUCCGUAG